AGGAACCGGUGCUGAAGGUAUUGAUCGAGGCCAGGGCCAAUUUGACGCAGAAACGACGCUGGGGUGGAGAAUCCUCCUUGCUUUGUAUGGUGGCCAACAACGAGGACAGCCAGUGUGAGGCCCUGAAACUUUUGUUGGCUCAUGGCUGUAAUGUGAAUGCCAAGUGGACGGCUCACACCUCCUUCUUUGCGGGCGCCUUGAAGGUGGUCAGGAUGGGCAAAAAAAUAUUGCCAGACCGACCUCUGGCCGAGUUGGCUGUACUGCAAGGGUCAAUGCCAUUGCACUUCGCCGUCAAACGUGGAGAUGUGGAGAUGGCAAAGUUGUUGAUUUCCAAUAAGGCUGAUGUACACAGCCGCAACGCAGAAGGGCGUCGUCCGAUUGAUGUGGCACGCAGCUUCUUUGGUGGCCAGGUGCCGCAACCCUUGGCCGAAGCACUGUUGGCCGACACAGACUGCACAGAUGAGGAUGAAGCGCAGCUGCACUUCGUGCCUCAUGGGGUAAGGCACCUGAGGCACUUUCGCCAGGAGAAACUGAGCGCGAUUGAAUCGGAGGGCAGCACAGCUUCCAGCGAGCGACGGUCUUCCACCCUCAUUUCUCUGUGAGGGGCAUGGGUCGUAACCGUCCCGGCUGCGUCAGAGAAAUCACGAGAGCGGC